AUGGAGGCUGGUAGCGGUAGUAACUCACAAUGUUCACCGGGGGGACCAUUCAAUAGUGAGGGAUCUGCAAGUCAGCCCCAAGGUCAUAGGCAAAAGACAGAUAUAGCAUGGGGAUAUGUUUCUGAGGGCAGAAAUGCACAAGGAAGAAAAACCAUGACAUGCACUUAUUGUUUUAAAGUGUUUCAUGGGGGUGGCAUCCACCGAAUGAAGCAACACUUGGCAGGAGUAACGGGCAGUGUUACUUCAUGUCCAAAUGUUGAUCCAGCAGUGAGGCUUGCAAUAUUAACAUGUUUGCAAGAGAAUGAUAAAAAAUCUAAAGAACAUGUUUGCAGGAGUAACAUGUUUGUGGUCGAAAGUCCUUUUGGUCAACCAGUGCACGAAUUUGUCGGUGAUGAAGUGCAAGAGGUUCCACCUCCUCGAAUAAGGGAAAUUUCAAUGAAUGAGGCUGGUACAUCAUUAGGUAAAGGAAAGAGAAAAACCACUGCCCCUACAGGUAUUCAUGCUUUCUUUAAGGGUGGACGUGAUAGUGCUCAACCUACUAUCAAAGCUUGUUUGCAAAGUAAGGAUAAAUGGCAAAAUACUGAUAUGGCCAUUGCUCUUUGGUUCUAUGAUGCAUGUAUUCCCAUUAAUGCUGUUAAUUCUCCAUUUUUUCAAAAAGCUAUCGAUCAAAUUGCAUCAAUGGGUCAUGGUUAUAAAGCUCUAUCUUAUCAUUCUUUGCGAGUCACUUUGUUGCGAGAUGCUAAGAAAGAUGUGCAGUUAGUUGUUGAUUCAUUUCGAAAUAUUUGGGCUGAAACUGGAUGCACUAUAAUCGGUGAUGGAUGGAAAGAUAGUAGACAAAGACCAUUGAUUAAUUUUCUGGUUUAUUGUCCUAAGGGUAUAUCUUUUAUCAAGUCUAUAGAUGCAUCGGACAUUGUGACAAAUGCAGAAAAUUUGUGCAAUCUGUUUGUUGAAAUUGUUGAAAUGGUUGGUUCAAAAAAUGUGGUGCAUUUAGUCACUGAUAAUGCUAGCAAUUAUAAGGCUGCUGGAACUUUAUUAAAUGAAAGAUAUCCAACUAUUUGCUGGUCUCCAUGUGCUGCCCAUUAUAUCAAUUUGAUUUUGAAGGAUAUUGGUGAAAUGGGUACUGUUAAAUCUCUAGUGGCUCUUGCUGCUACAGUAACUGUUUUUGUGUAUAAUCAUAAAUAUGUUCUAAAUUGGCUAAGAAAAACUAAUGGGUGGAGGGAGAUUAUUCGUCCGGGGGAGACUCGAUUUGCCACCACUUUUAUUGCACUAAAGAGCUUACAUGAUCACAAAGACAGCUUACAAGCUUUAGUCACUAGCGGAGAUUACAAAAAGUUCUUGAAAAUGAACAAAGGAAAAGAGGUCAAACAAAUUGUUUUGGAUGAUAGAUUUUGGAAUAAUUGUUUGAUUACGGUGAGAAUAAUGGGUCCUAUUAUUCGGUUGUUGAGAGUUUGUGACACUGAUGAAAGGCCUUCUUUGGGGUAUGUGUAUGAAGGUAUGUUUAGAGCAAUUACUGGAAUCAAGAAGUUGUUCAGGAGUAGUGAAAGACUAUAUAAGCCUUACAUUGAUAUCAUCAAUGACCGAUGGGAUAGGAUGUUGAGGAAAAAUUUGCAUGCUACGGCAUAUUUUUUAAAUCCCGCUUUUCAAUAUGACACUGCCACAUUCUCUACACAUCCAGAAAUUACAAAUGGUUUGUUGGAUUACAUAGAAUCAAAGGUGGAUUGGUGUAGUGUGGAAAAUUUAACAAGAGAAAUUGGAAUGUAUCGAGAGCGGGAGGGAAGUUUUGGCAGAAAACUUGCUAUUCUUACUAGCAAGAAAGAUAGACCAGAGAAUUGGUGGAAGCUCUUUGGUUGUGAUGCUCCCAACUUACAAAAACUUGCAAUUCGGGUUUUGAGUCAAACAGCUUCUUCUUCAGGAUGUGAGCGUAAUUGGAGUGUUUUUGAACGUAUUCAUACUAAGAAAAGGAAUAGGUUGGAGCAUCAAAGGCUCAAUGAUCUUGUAUAUGUGCAUUACAAUUUGCGUUUGCAGUAUAGGCAUAAUCAGCAAAAGAGAUCGUAUGAUCCCGUUGAUUAUGAGUCAAUUGAUAAAACAGAAUUUUGGGUGGUUGAAGAAGAACAAGAAGGGGAGCUUGAUUAUGAGGAGUUAGAGGAAGAGCUUGAAGAACUUCCAAUUCAUGGUCAAUGUUCAAAUUCUGAACAACUUGAAGAUAAUGAAGAGGAAGCAGAAGAUGUUGAUUUAGAAACAUUUCAGCGUCGAAACUUUUUUAAUGAUGAAGAUGAUGAUUGGCAUUAA